UACACACUGCACCUUUAAGGAAGCUAGAUGUCAUACAGGCACAAGCAUUACGGAUCUGUAGUGGAGCUUUUAAGACAUCACCAGUUCCUGCUAUACAGGUAGAGAUGGGAGAAAUGCCACUGGAGUUAAGGAGAAAGCAGCUGAUGGCUAAUCAUUGGGUGAAUUUGAAGGGACAGAGAGGCAGUCACCCAACAAAAGAAGUGCUACAAGGACAGCUGGGAGAAUGGGAAGAACUCCAGUGAGCAUUUUGCCAAAGCAGGAAAUAAAAUAGUGAGGGACAUGUCAAUUGAUGGACUACAAAUAAGCCCACCAGUGGUGUACCCUGAAGAGGCUCCAUGGAGACUAGUGUGUCCGAGAGUCGAUGUAUCGCUGCUUGAAAUAAAAAGGACAGGGAGGAAAACAGUGGACCUACCGAGUGCGUUCAGCUAUCUUAUAAAUCAAGAAUACACUGACUUUCUGCAGGUGUUCACGGACGGGGCGAAAAAUCCAGACAUGGGUGUAACAGGAUUCGGAGUGGCAGUACCAGGAAAAGGAGUGGGCAUAUGCAAAAGAACAGGUGAUGGGUUGGGGGUGUACACAGUAGAGAUGGUUGGUGGCAUUAAAAUGGGUGGAAAUAACAUCACAAAAGAAGACAGUCAUAUGCUCAGAUUCAGCGUCAGUUCUAGACAGGAUCACAUCAUUCCACUCGGACAGCAGACAAGACUUCUAUGUCAGGUUCUGCACACAGUCACAAGAAUACACAGCAAAGGGGGGCCAGGUCACAUUCCUUUGGGUGCCAGCACAUGUAGGGGUGCAAGGGAAUGAAAAGGCGGACAAACUGGCAAAGAAGGCACUGAGGGCAAGCAGGGUUGAAAUGCAAGUGAGCAUUAGCAAGACAGAAUUAAAAAGUGUGAUUAAGGGGAAAAUGAAUCAGAUUUGGCAAAGCAUGUGGGACAGAGAGAACAGAGGAAGGCACCUGUACCUGUGCUUCAAGGAUCGGAGGUAAAAGCAGGAGAGAAGAGGUGGUGAUGACAAGGCUAAGGAUAGGACACUGUGCCUUAAACAAAACAUUGAAAUUGCUGGAGAAGCAUGAUACUGGCUUGUGUGAGGAGUGUCAGGAAGAGGAGUCGGUAGAACAUGUUAUUCUGAAGUGCAGGAGAUAUGAUACACAAAGGGCGGUGAUGAGGAGGGAGCUGAUGGGAGAAGGAAUGAAGGAAAUAACACUAAAAGGAUUACUGAGUACGUGUGAGAGGACACAUCAGAGGAAACUGUUAGAAUAUUUAAGGAGCACAGGGUUGUUUAACAGGAUACGAGGGAAGGCAGGAUGGAGACAAUGAAGAGCUGGUAUUAUUGUAUGUAUGUGUCAAGAUGCUUUAUUUAUGUUGAGGAUGGAAGGAUGUUACUGUUCUUGAUCUUAUUGAAUCCAUGAUCAGAGCCAAAACUCCGCAGUGAAAGGGGGCGGUAAUGCACCAAAGCGAUGGAUGCCAGCCGCCGUAAAACCGAAAAAAGAAGAAGAAGACUUCCGCAUCGGUGUUUACGUCAUCACGUUGCUGCGACGGGCUCCUGGAUUCAAAAGUGGGGUCGUCAGGUUCUCAGUAUGAGCUGGGACAGACAGGUGAGCUCCCUCCUUUCUGUGGCAGACGGCAGCGUGGCAAAGAUGAGGGAGAGACUGAGCGCAGGAGGAGAAGAUUUGUUCCCAUCAACACAGAGGGUCAAAGACUCUGAUCUGGACGCCUCUGCUCCUCUUCCUCGCCACAGAGAGCGCCCCCUGUCUGUCACCGUUCAGUGGUCAGACCUGGCUGCUCUGCAGUCUCAGCUGCAGAUACAGAGACAGGAGAUUCAGUCUCUGACACAGCGAGUCCUCACCAUGGAAACGGAGAGAGACAGUCAGCACUGCCACAUCCAGAAACUACAAGAGGAGGUGCAGAGGUUGAAGGUUCGAGGGGGCGAGGAAUGGAGGAAGGAGGUUGGACGAGAGCUCAGCAGUCUGCGUGGACACCUUGACAGAGCUGCAUCAAUAGAGAACCUGGAGGACAGUUUGAGCUUAAAGCUGCAACAUCUCAGGAGAGAUGUGGACCUGCUCAAAACACAGCUGAGGGGACAGGAGGAGGAGCUGCUCCACCUACGGGAGGAGACCAGAGAGAGCAGGAGACGGGGCCAACACACCUACAGAACUGUGGAGCAGAUGACAGACAGCCUCCUAUCUCAAAGCAGUGAUCUGACAAAGGUCGUCUCUGACACGCAGCGAGAAGUCCAACAGAUCAGGUCGACAGUGUCACGGCUGCAGGAGCAGAUCAGGACUCUUAAAGAACCUCUGCUGUCAGUUCACACACCAGGGGCAUCCCCGCUCCUCUCUCCCCCUCACAGAGGACUCGCACCUGAGUUUGACUCUGACUCGGAGGACUUGAGUCCGACCCCUAGUCUGGAUGAGGUGAGCUCAGAUGAUCUGUCCUGGAUGGACCACAAAGACCUUACAGAAGCCCAUCAGAAGCCCAGCCCUAGUCAUCGGUCUGCUAUAGAUCCACACCUGCAGGAUGACGAAGAUGAUGAAGAUGACAUUGAUGAUGAAGAACUCCAUGACAAUGCUGUGAACUCUGAUGUAGGAUCUGACCUGAGUCUGAACGAUCUUUGAUGUGGAUUCAGACUCUGACUGACAGGCUUUUACCCCUACACCCUGAUUGAGUGCCCCUGGAAGUAAGGAGUUUCCUCUUCAAAAUGAGGCGACCCUUCAAGUUCCUGAUUGGCCAUCAGUAGUCAUCAACAGCAUUAAUAGAAACAGUCAUGAUGGCAGUACCAGAUGUUCCUGCUACUAGAGUUUUUAAAUGCUUGUUUUAAAUAAAAUGGACCAUAAUGCAUUUGAA